GUUUAGUGGCGUAGGGAUUGGUUGCGGUAAGCAGGAUCUGUUCUGAGACUUUACAAAAUUGUGUCAAGUCGCUUUAUGCUCAUUAGCUGCUCUGAAAAGCAAAACACAGUGCGCUCCUAGUGGUUGUCUUUCUCCUGUCUUUCGGCUCCCGACAGAGUUAGAAUCUCAUCUCUGUCGGCGCUAAUUGGAAGCACCCGGCACACGGGAUUAUUUCAGCAGAGCUUCAUGUAGAGACGAUGAUGUCUUGAAAAAUCAGUGAAGGAAGAUUAAGUCAACCACAAUGGACUAUCAACGUAAAAAGAAACUGACAUUCUCCACCAUUGGACUCAUUUUUCUUUUUAGCGGUGUGGAAUAUGCUGUUAUAUUACCCACAAUAUGGAGGUAUCUGCAGACUUUAGAGGCACCGCCUUAUUUCCUGGGUUUAGCCCUGUCAGCCUUCAGUCUGAGUGGGCUCUUGUCUGGACCGCUGUUUGGAUAUUGGUCUGACCGGACACAGACAACAAAGAAAAUAAUUUUGCUUUGUAACCUUUUUGAGAUAAUUGGUAAUUUUAUGUAUUUCAUGGGCUACUCAAAGUGGCUUUUACUGUCAAGUAGACUGCUAGCUGGCAUUGGUACAGGUGCUGGCUCAUCAAUUUUUGGCUUCCUGACCAGAAGCACUGCUUCAGAGGACCGGGCCACUGUAUUUGCUGCUGUCAUGGCUUGUAGGCAGGCUGGCCUUCUAAUUGGUCCUGCAUUCAACAUCUUUCUGAGACUCUGUGACUUCCAUAUUGGUCCUUUUAUUGUCAACAAAUAUACUGCACCAGGGCUGUUUAUGUUUCUAUUGUGGAUGCUCCUUCAACUGGCAGUGGUCUUCAUGUACUGGGACUUGCCACCUACGGAAAGAAGGAAGACUGAUAGCAUUUCAGAACGCCAUGAAGAAGAGAACGUACAUGGUCUUGGCGAAGAAAACAACGAAGAAGAAGUCGAGGAGGAGAUUAUGCCGCUAAUGACCUCCCAGGAGCUUGUGGGCUCCUACGGCUCUAUGAUGACAUCCAGCCAGUGCAGAAGCCACAGACCGGAUGAAUCCAGCAACUCGCCCCGUCACAGUAAUUCGCCACUUGAAUCUCCUGUGGCAACGCCAACCGAUGAGCUUCACAGUUCUUUCCAGAAUUCCAGCACAUGCCAAGAGUUCCUGAGAGAAGAAGUGGUUGUGCUGUUGGCUGCUCAGUUCAUCACCCUUUUCAAUCAGACUGCACUGGAGACUAUGGUGACACCAUUAACCCAGAAAUAUUUCGACUUUAAAGAGCUGGAAAACAGUGUGAUGUACUGCCUCGGAGGUGUGGUGGUGAUUGCCGGCUUCCUGCUUGUGCACUGGCUAAGCCGGCACUUCACAGAACGGGUGGUCUUCACCAUUGGUUUGACCUUUUGCAACAUCUCCUGCAUCUGGUGCCUCAUCUUUCUCGCUAAUCCGUUAGGUAGUUUUUCAUGGCAGCUGACUGAGUUCAUCAUCGGGGUUUUUCUGCAGGCCCUGGGUUUACCUUUUGUAGCUGUGGCCCAGGUUUCCCUCUUCUCCAAAGUUACAUCAGAGAGAACCCAAGGCGAGUAACACCGCCAUCUAAUGGAUGCAUAAAUAUCUGCUUCUCUUUGGAUUUAUGUCUCCUUCCUACUUACCUGGCUGCUCCCCAGAAGCUCAAUCAGGUUCAUCAGUAAAAGAUGAAUAUGUUUAACUCCCUUUUUGCUGAAGUGAGCGUUUGUCACCGUCUCUACAGGCUUUAGUCAGGGAGUGCGUCGCUCAGUUGGGGGUCUAGCCACCAUUCUGGGCCCUCUAUGGGGAGGCGGUCUGACCGAGAACAUGUAUAUAAUGGUGGGUGUAAUGGUGGCACUUCUGAUCCUGCUUACGAUUAUGCUGGCUUUCUCAUACAACCGGCUGGUGGAGCCAACAGUGGAACACACGGAAAGUUCGGAAAGCUCGGAACACGCGGAAAGCUCGGAACACGCGGAAAGCUCGGAACACGCGGAAAGCUCGGAACACGCGGAAAGCUCGGAACACGCGGAAAGUUCACAGCAUAGCAGCAGCAGUUGAAGUACCUGAAACUGCUGCAGCAGUUGCAAGAACAUGGUAUAAGUAUCUUGACCAGCAUCUUUAGUCUGGGUUGGGACCAGUUCAUAAGGUGACAACAUCUCGCUAAAGAAGCAGUUAGCCAACUGAAACCUGGAUUUUAGUGGCUGUCCAUUUGAAGAGGUCUAAUUGUAACUACUUGAUUAAAUGUUUAUUUUUGUACAUUUUAUUAAAUUAUAAAUAGUUUUCCAAUUAGUAUCUUACUGGCUGUAGUAAAUUAAACACUAACCUAUGCAACGUGCAUCAUUUUAGACACUUGUUCUGGUGGGGAAAUACAAAGGAAGCAAAACUAACAAAUUGUAUGUACUAAAUAUAUGAUACCACAGUUAAUGUCAAAUUUGGAGUACACUUUGUGUGGUGUUUGUUCAUUCGCUCUGCCAUUAUUGGAAAAGUGUUGUUUUUUGUCACUAAUAUUACAUGUCUGUUCCUCUAUAUGUCUGCAAUUUAUUUUUUUCCUCCUGAUUAGAAUGUUCUGAAUAAAAUUUUUACGCUUUAAGUACACACUA